CUGGAUCAAAGGUUUGGACUUAUUCUGGAUGCAGCUUCAGGAGCGUUUGUUUGGAUGACGGAGCGCUUCUGGUUGGUUCUUUCUUCUUGAAAACCUUUUCAUGUUCAUCAGGACCUUUUCAUCAUGAACUUCUGCAUCCCAGACAUGUAUGAGCUGCCGCACUCCGGCGUCACGGGCUAUGGCGUUCAGAGUGGGGGGGAGCACUGCAUGUUCCCCGCAGAGGGCCCCGGGUUCGGCCACUAUGAGCCCCAGCCUCUGCAUCACCCGCCCUGCAUGGAGCAGGCCUGGCCCCCCGGCCAGCACUUCUCCUGCGCCUACGCCGGACCGUCCUCCUUCAAGAACGAGUUCUGCAACAUGGAGGUUCCUCUCAGCCACUUCCACCACCAGCCUGAGUUCUUCCCCGACGUCAAAGCCGACUAUUCCCAUCUGCAGUGGAUGCAGGGGGCCCACAGGAAAGGGUACAUACCCAGCUACCUGGACAAGGACGAGCUGUGCGUGGUGUGCGGGGACAAAGCCACGGGCUACCACUACCGCUGCAUCACCUGUGAGGGCUGUAAGGGCUUCUUCAGGAGAACCAUCCAGAAGAACCUGAACCCCACCUACGCCUGCAAGUACGAGGGGAGGUGCGUCAUCGACAAGGUGACCAGGAACCAGUGCCAAGAAUGUCGCUUCAAGAAGUGCAUCGCAGUGGGAAUGGCCACAGACUUGGUCCUUGACGACAGCAAGCGGCUGGCCAAGCGGAAGCUGAUCGAGGAGAACCGGGAGCGGCGGCGCAAGGAGGAGCUGCAGAAGACGGCGUGGGACCGGCAGGAGCCCACUCAGGACGAGUGGGAGCUGAUCCGCCUGGUGACGGAGGCCCACAUGUCCACCAACGCCCAGGGCAACCACUGGAAGCAGAAGAGGAAGUUCCUGGUCGAGGAAGCUAUGCUUCUUAAUGAAAUAACAUGUAAUUUAUUCUAUACUUCUGACCAGAGCGCAGCAGGGGUGAAGGAUGCUAAGCCUGAGGACUGCGCUCAAGCCUCCAUGGUCAAUGCAGCCGAGGAGAACAAGGUGGACAUUGAAGCCUUCAGUCAGUUUACUAAAAUUAUCACCCCCGCCAUAACCCGGGUGGUGGACUUUGCCAAAAAGCUGCCAAUGUUCUGUGAGCUGCCAUGCGAGGAUCAGAUCAUCCUGCUGAAGGGCUGCUGCAUGGAGAUCAUGUCUCUGCGAGCCGCCGUCCGCUACGACCCGGAGAGCGAGACGCUCACGCUCAACGGCGAGAUGGCGGUGACCCGGGGUCAGCUGAAGAACGGGGGGCUGGGCGUGGUCUCGGACGCCAUCUUUGACCUGGGCGUGUCGUUGGCCUCCUUCAACCUGGACGACUCUGAGGUGGCUCUCCUGCAGGCGGUCAUCCUCCUCUCCUCCGAUCGUCCAGGCCUGACCAGCGUGGAGCGGAUCGAGCGCUGCCAAGAGCAGUUCCUGCUGGCCUUUGAACAUUACAUCAACUACCGGAAGCACAAGGUGGCCCAUUUCUGGCCCAAGCUGCUGAUGAAGGUGACGGACCUGCGGAUGAUCGGCGCCUGCCACGCCAGCCGCUUCCUGCACAUGAAGGUGGAGUGUCCCAACGAGCUCUUCCCUCCGCUCUUCCUGGAGGUCUUCGAGGACUGACAGAUGGACUUGGACUGUGUCACCGUGCGUCUCCAAAGCCUCAGGGGCCCAGCAGCUGAGGGCCCAUCUCCCUGAACCCUCUUAUAGCACUACUGUGCGUCCCUUCAUUCCAUAGUUAGGACUAGGACUAGGACUAGCUGUCUGGUCCAGGUUGGAAGGACCUAUUCCUCGUGAACAGCCUGUUUCCUCUUGGUUUUCUUCUCACCUCCACGUUCAGGACUUGGUUUCCCUUCAUUGUCCUACAGUUGACUAAAAGGUGACAGAGGAUUGGACCAACUGAACCUCUGUCCUGAUUGGUCCAUGGAUGGUUUAGCCUGUCAGGCGGUGGAAACACGGCGCCGCAACCGCAGGAACCCGCAGAGCUGCGUUCAGGAGCCCUCGGAACAAUCUGGAUUUAUGCAACAAGAAGCAGCAGCGCCACGGGUCCUAUAGGUCCUAUAGGCCAACUUGUCCUGCAUGCCAUAU